UUCACACACAUUCUCUCUCUCUCUCUCUCUCUCUCUCUAUGUCAGUCCCCAGCUAGUCUACACUCUCCCCUUUUCUAGGCUUUUCCCCCCCUCUCUCUCUCUCUCUCUCUCGAGCGAAUCAAAGUCACGGCGGUCCGAUCUCCGCAGGUGGGGCCCGCUUCGGCUCUUCAGGGUGGUCCUGCUAAGCUUCCCUGUGCCUUUGCCGGGUUUUGGGAAGCCGAGGGCGCUCGCUCGACGGCUCGACGCCUGGCUCUGCUGUGCCCGGAUCGCCGCCGGUGGAGGGUCGGUCCCGUUUUCCCGGAUUCGCGUCUCUUGUGCCGGCUCGGUCGUCGGGCUUUUUGGGUUUUGACCGCGUCUCGUCCGGCUUGGGCUGUGGUCGUGAAUAUUUAAGGUUUUCUUGGUGAACGUGUAGUGACUGAAUGCUGCCUACUUAAUAACGUGUGAUGCAAACAUGGACAAAACUACGGAUUGUCCGUAUCCGGGCUGCUUCUUUUGCGUCAUGAAGGAGGGCAACCCAAGCAAGCGUAGAGCAAGCAUUCUGAAAUUCUUUAGAGAACUGCCUUCACAAGAUGACAAUGGUCAGGUCCUACCUAUUAGUGGCCUUUGGAACACUGCAAUGGCUCAUCCUAAUGACCCAGAGUUUAUUGAAUUGGGAAUUUUCGAGUGCAUGGCCGCCCUUAUAUGGAAGGGUCUUAAGAACCGCCGCUGGCUUUCGCAUGACCAGAAUAUCUACAUCCCUUAUUAUGCAGCUCAUAUAAUUGGAUCGUACACCAUGAACAUGGAAGAAUUUGCUGAACGAGCUGUACGUGCUGGGGUGAUCCCACCUCUAAUAGAGCUUUUAAGGGGAAGAUUGACGUGGGUUGAGCAGCGGGUGGCAUUGCGAGCACUGGGACAUUUGGCUACAUAUGCCAGCACUUUUCCAACAGUUGCUAGUCACGCUGAAAUCCUCGAGCUCUCCAUUCAGCUAGCGAUGAGUUCUUUAGAGAUAGUUUAUUCUCAUUUUUAUCAGGACAUUGACAGAAGACUUAGCUAUCACUGCGAUCUCCUUACGCGUGGCAUGGGCGGUGUUGAGAUGGAAUCUAGAAAAGCAGAAGAAUGGGCAAGUCAGCUGCAGUGCUGGGCUCUUCAGCUCAUAAAUUGUUUUGCUUUUAAGCCUGAAUUUCUUCCUGCCAUAUGUAAGCCAGAGUUCUUGGUGAAAUUACCUGGAAUGUGGGGUGGACUUGUUAAUGAGAACUCCCCAGCUGGAAUUGGUUUACUCAGAACUAUUUGUCAUCAUAAGAUUGGUCGGGGAGCUGUUGCUAGUUGUCCUGGUAUAGUUGAAGCAUUGUGUAACAUUGCUCGUUCAUCAGAUGAUUGGCAAUAUAUGGCUAUUGACUGUCUUCUCUGGUUGCUCCAAGACCCAAAUACUUCCCACAAGGUGGUUGAUGAAGCAGUACCUGCUCUAGUAGAUCUUUCAGAAAUUACUGCUCUUGGUGAUCACAAAAAGCUUGGAGAUUCAAUCGUCAAUGUUCUUGAGGAAUGUAUCCAAUCGCAAGCCACAGGUCCCAAUUCUCUCAACAGUCGCACAAAGGAACACAUUGAAGAUCUCUUAAGUUCCCGACAGAGACUGAAAUGGGAGAAAAAUAUGCCUAAAGAGGAUCUCCAUAUUAAGCAAGCUGCCAGUCUGGUGGUUAAGCUUGAAGGAAAUUCACUGUUCUCGUCAGGGGAUAUAGCUGGAGCAGCUUCAAAGUACUCAGAAGCGUUGCAACUAUGUCCAAUGAGGUCUAAGAGAGAGAGAGCAGUCCUUUACAGUAACCGAGCACAAUGUUAUCUUCUGUUGCAACAACCCUUAGCUGCCAUAAGUGAUGCGACACGUGCACUUGGUCUUCACACCCCUCUUAAUCGUCAUGCUAAAAGCCUCUGGAGAAGAGCGCAAGCUUAUGACAUGCUUGGCUUAGCUAAAGAAAGCCUACUAGAUGCAAUUUUGUUCAUAAAUGAGUGCUCUCAGUCUAAUGAUCCAGAUCUGUCAUUGAGGCCAAAUAAGGUUCCUGACUAUGCUGAGAGAUUGGUCAAGAAGCAGAUGCGUGCGGCUUGGCUAUUUAGGGAAGCAGCAACUAAACACGGAGGUGUUCGUGGUGAGGGUGAUUCCCAUGCCAUCUACGGUCAAGAAUCUGAUGAUUCCGAAUGGGAGACGGCCAGUGAAAGUGAUAUUGCAGAUGAUGGAAGAGAUGAAAUGGAUGAAGAUGAUGAGAAUGAGAAUGAAUGGAAGAAUAAGGAUGAACGAAAAGAAAAAGCUUUGAAAAAAGAUUGCACAGACAUCAAGCGUGGAAAACAUUUGCCGCUUCUGGAAGAUGAACCAUGAAAUUGUGGUUGAAUGGAGACUUUAAUGGAGUUGAAGCUGUGCCUAAUGCUGUAUUAAACUGUGUAAGAGUGUUCAGUUCCAGUCUUUUUUCCUUGGCUGUCCCCUGCAGACCCAUCUAAUCAUCAUCAGGAGAAGCAGCUUGGAAAAUUUUCAGGUAUUGCUCUUGAAAGAAUGUGAUUUGUGGCCUCUCUCUCAAUAGAUUUUUUUUUUCUUUUGUUAUUCUUCCUGUUUUUCAAGUGUAAAAAGUAUUUUGGAAGGUUUUGGUAAACAAGUCUUCUUUAGGCUUUCUUUCUGUUGUUCAUUUACUUCCUUUCUGGAGGUGAUUGAGAGGCUUGUGUGCAUAAACAAGUCUUCUUUUGGCUUUCUUUGUGUUGCUCAUCUACUUCCUUACCGGAGGUGAUUUGAGAGUCUUGUGUGCACAUAUGAUCAUCAAGGUUCUUGUGCUUUGGACAAUGAGUUAGUGAAGAUUGAUACAGUUCUCUUUAUCAAUUUCUGUCUGGUUGACA